AUGGCAGUGACACUUUUUCUGCUUGUAGGAACAAUAUUAUGUUUCGAACAAGCUUCAGGCCAUGGUAUGAUGUUGGAUCCAUCUAAUAGAGCCUCACUAUGGAGGGUCUAUGACUCUCUUCCUAAGAAUUAUCAAGAUAACCAGUUCUUCUGUGGCGGUUUUCAGGUACAAUAUGAAGAGAAUGGAGGAGAGUGUGGUCCAUGCGGUGACAACUACGCAGAUGCUCAACCCAGAUCUAACGAAAACACUGGGACUUAUGGCCUAGGCAUAAUUGCUGGGACGUAUACAGUGGGUAGUGUAAUUAACGUUAGUUCCACCCUUACUGCAAAUCAUUUGGGAUCAAUUUCAUAUAGUAUUUGUGUUCUCGAAGAUCACAAUGCUCCCGAGAGCGAGGACUGUUUCCAAGGUCUUACUUUAGCAGAUGGCUCCGCAUCCUUCACAAUCAGCUCAACUGAUUUCGAUAUAGUGAAUCAAGUUCAAUUACCUGAAGGACUUACAUGUGAGAGGUGUGUUCUUAGGUGGCAUUACAGAUGUGGAAACAAUUGGGGCGACUGUGGAAAUGGAACAGGAGCUAUUGGUUGUGGGAAUCAAGAGACCUUUAGAUCCUGUGCUGACAUUCUCAUCGAAUAA